AGUACUUUUUUUUGUAAUUUGUACAGUAUAAUGCUGCCUGCUUGCUUCAAUAAAUAUAUUGGUGUUUAUGUAUUUGCCACAUGUCAUAAGUUAAUUGGCUGCAGGAAUAGUGCACAAAUAACGAAUCCAACGGUGCGAGAGUGGUGGGUUCCCAAAAUUCUUUCCCGGAAGAAAAAGAAAGAAAGUCGUCCUUCGUUUUCUCAAAAUCUUCUCUAUCCUUUCUCGAGAGAAUAUGGAUCAGAUCUUCAACAAGGUUGGAUCCUACUGGUUAGGCCAAAAGGCUAACAAGCAGUUUGACUCCGUCGGCAACGAUCUCAACUCGGUGUCAACGAGCAUUGAAGGAGGAACAAAAUGGUUGGUCAACAAAAUCAAAGGGAAAAUGCAGAAGCCGUUGCCUGAGUUACUAAAAGAAUAUGAUUUGCCGAUUGGAAUCUUCCCGGGAGAUGCUACAAACUACGAGUUCGAUGAAGAGACAAAGAAACUAACCGUUUUGAUCCCAUCGAUAUGCGAAGUUGGAUACAAGGAUUCAUCAGUGUUGAAGUUCACAACAACAGUAACAGGACAUCUUGAGAAAGGAAAGCUAACAGAUGUGGAAGGAAUCAAGACAAAAGUAAUGAUAUGGGUAAAAGUGACAAGCAUAUCUACAGAUGCAUCAAAGGUCUAUUUCACUGCAGGAAUGAAGAAGAGCAGAAGCAGAGAUGCUUAUGAGGUUCAAAGAAAUGGUCUCCGAGUCGAUAAAUUCUAACACCUGUCUGUGUUCUGUCUGGUUCCAAAGUUUCAAGCUUUUCCAUUUACGUUUUGGUUUUGAUUUAAAGCCUCCUACUGUGAGUAUACAUCAACUUAUUUAUAAAUCUGAUCAUAACUUCAAUAUGGCCGGAGCAAUUCUACUUUGUUCUUUUUUUUUUCCAAUUGUAAAGAACUACUAUUCGUGUGCUCAAUGAUUUGGUCUUACAAUUUUUUACUUGGG